AUGUCGGAUGACAAGAAGAUGAAAGUGAAGAAAGGAUGGCUUGCAGUUCGAGUGGGCUUAGAAGAUGAAGAUGGAGAGUUUCAACGUUUUGUGAUUCCCAUAUCUUAUCUCUACCAUCCUUUAUUCAAGAGGCUUCUGGAGAAAGCUCAUGAAGUUUAUGGGUACCAUACCACUGGCCCUCUUAGGCUUCCAUGCUCGGUGGACGAUUUCCUCCAUCUCCGGUGGCGGAUCGAGAAAGAGCCGAAUCAUCACCACCAUCACCACCAACAUCAUUCCCAUCUCCCCGGUGCUUUGUCCUUCCACUCUUGUUGA